UUGGAGCCUGCGUGUUGGAGGGCCUGGGCUUCAGGGGCUGCUGGGCUGAGGUGUGAGCUCUCGGUGACUCUUCUAUUUUCUUCCCUGCAGGUAGGUGGGAGCCCACAGUGGCCGAGUGAGGCAGCAUGGCAAUGUUCCUUGGGGCCAGGAAUGACCACUCGCUCCUGAAGCGUUUUCCCCGAGCCAAUGGCUUCCUGGAGGAGAUACGACAGGGCACCAUUGAGCGGGAGUGCAUCGAGGAGGUCUGCAGUUAUGAGGAGGUCAAGGAAGUGUUCGAGAACAAAGAGAAGACGAUGGAGUUCUGGAAAGGCUACACCAACUCUGUCUACUCGGUCAAGGACCCUGGACACAGCACAGAGCAUUCAGACGCUAUGUACGUGGUGGUCCCGCUCUUGGGAGUGGCUCUUUUGAUAGUCAUCGCCCUCUUCAUCAUCUGGAGGUGCCAGCUUCAAAAGGCCACCCGCCACCGUCCUUCCUAUGCCCAGAACCGCUACUUGGCCAGCCGAACGGGGCGCAGCCUCCCCAGGGUCAUGGUGUACCGGGAACGGUCACAGAGCCAAGGGGAAACGCAGUAUCAGCGAGAGGCGAGCAACCGGGUGGUUGGAGAUGGCAGAGCAGGGGGCCCUCCCCAGCAAGACGGCACCCUCUACCCGCCAGAGCAUUCAGUCUCUGUCCUCUCCAGACUGUCCAGUGCCACCCCUCCGCCUUCCUACGAGGAGGUGACAGGGCACCCGGAGAGCAGCAGUGGGGAAGAGACCAGCGUCUCCUACAAUGACCCGCCACCCAAGUAUGAGGAGAUCGUGGCCGCUGCCCCUGCUGUGGGCAAAUAGCGGGUCUGAUGCCUCCCUCCUGCCACUUUACUCUCACGCUCACACCCGCACCCAUCCCUCACCAUGCCUGGGACCCUCUUCCUGUGCCAAUCGGCAUCCCGUCUCACUCGUACAAGCUGGUGCCAUCACAGAAUAGCCUUACCCACCUUACCAAAAACAACUAUCCCAAAGUGGGGUGGGGAUGGGAACGGGAAUGACUCUGGGGUCCAGCCAGGCAUCCCCUUCCCCCUGCUCUCCACACACGUAAGUGCUGUAGUAGCCAGAGCAAAGUGGCAGCUUGUUACUGGCUCAAUGCGGGGGUCUCCCCAUGGUGCAUUUGAUUUCCUUCCCUUCAAAAAGACAUGACAUUUCCCAUGAUGAAAACA